AUGGAUGGAGCCGUUGGUGUGACACAACGUCCUAUCCCUCCGGGGUCCACGUUUACCUAUAACUUCACGAUUCCCGCAGAUCAAAGCGGUACAUUCUGGUACCACGCUCACUCUGGCCUUCUCAGGGUCGAUGGCUUAUAUGGGGGGCUCAUCGUGCAUAAACCCUCUCCUAAGCCAACAGUUCGGGGACUGUUGGCUCGUGCAGAUCAAAGGGAACUUGGCAGCUAUGAUAAGGACAUCCUACUCUUAGUUGGGGAUUGGUAUCACCGAUCAGCAGAUCAGGUCUAUUCCUGGUAUAUGCGUGCCGGGUCGUUUGGGAACGAGCCCGUCCCUGAUUCACUACUGAUCAAUGGAGUGGGUCAUUUUGAUUGCUCUAUGGCUGUCCCUGCACGGCCAGUGGACUGUAUCCUUCGACAAAUGAAUGUCUCAUACCUGGAUGCGAAGGGAGAUGCAACGUAUAGAGUCCGAGUGGUAAAUACGGGCUCCGUUGCAGGAGUCACGCUAGGUUUUCAGAACCGAGAAUUUACGCUCAUUCAAGUGGACAACAUUGAUGUCGAACAACAAGAUUCAAAUUCAGCCGGCGUACUCUACCCGGGCCAGCGUAUGGACAUUAUGCUCCGUCCGAGUCCAGACGAAACUCCAAGCUCGUUGACGAUUGAUCUAGAUAAAGAGUACCCCAACCCAGCUCUGGCAUCUAUCCAGACUUUCGAUAUAACGAAUUCACCAAACAAUCUGUCGUCAAGUAUAUAUUCAUCAAACAAUACGAUCUCACUCUCCGAAGUCGCCACGAGAAAGUCACUUCUCUCCGGUCUCCCCGCAAAGGCGCAUCAAACCCACGUGGUGUACACUAAGAUCGAAAAGCUCUCCAUAAACCACAACGUACCCUAUGGAUUCUUUAAUCGAACUUCAUGGAGGCCUCAGAUUGACACACCACUGAUUGACAUUCCCCGCGAGAAGUGGGAUAAAAAUCAGCUCGUGCUAUCAACAGGGCCAACUACUUCCCGUCGCCUGUCCUCUGAUCAAGACAAAGACUUAUGGAUCGACCUAGUAGUCAAUAAUCUAGACGAUAGUGGCCACCCAUUUCACAUGCACGGCCACCACUUCUACAUCCUAAGGACCUACCAAGCACCCGUAGGUUGGGGCGCCUACAACCCUUUCACAGAUGCCCAUCCACCUGGUCUAGCUCCACAUCCCGCUAGCUCAUCAAGAACAGAUUCUCCCUAUGACCUCUCCCGCGCGCAGCUACGGGAUACGGUCUAUAUCCCCAGCCGCGGACACGCAGUCUUGCGCUUCCGAGCAGAUAACCCAGGGAUUUGGUUAUUCCAUUGCCAUAUUAUCUGGCACCAAGCGAGUGGGAUGGCCAUGCUGUUGCAGAUAGAGUGA